GACCACUUGUCCAAGCAGUACGGUACUGUCGCGACGGCGCUAAACUUCUCUCCGCUAUCUCCAAAGCAGCAAUGGCCAUCGAGAUUGUCGGUUAGCUUCAGCCAUGGCAUCGUUAUCGUUAUUUAUUUGAUUAUUUAUACAUAUCGGCUUUGUUUUUACCCGUUUCUUAAUUUAUAGUUUUUUUAUCGGUUAUUUAUUUUUAUUUAUUUUUUAUUUCGAAAUGAAACUCGCGAUUUUCUUCGUGGUUUUCGCGGUGGUCGCUUGUUCUAGUCAGGAAACCGGCGAUACCCUCAAGCUGGUGCAUGUGUUUUUCAGACAUGGCGCCAGAACUCCGGAAUCGAAAGACGAAUACCCCAACGAUCCCUACAAAUAUGAAACAUUCCUGCCUAUGGGAUGGGGACAACUGACUAACUACGGAAAACGACAGGCGUACGCCCUUGGAAAAAAUCUGCGACGCAGGUACGGCUCCUUUUUGGGCGACAUCUACACGCCCGAACUAGUACACGCACAAAGCACGGACUACGACAGGACCAAGAUGUCCGCCAUUCUGGCUUUGGCGGGUAUGUUCCCUCCCGCCCCCUCGCAGCAGUGGGACGACACGCUGAACUGGCUGCCCAUACCCAUUUCCUACGAAAGGGACCACUUGGAUUUCACCUUGAGGAGGCCCAACCACUACUGUCCCGCGUACCUCAGGGAAUUAGAUCGCGUCCUGCAAUCGGAACAGGCGAAAGAAUACCUGAAGAAGAACAAGAACGUGUUGGAUUACGUAGAAGAGAACAGCGGCAGGCCCAUGAACAAGCUCAUGGACGUAUUUAGUAUUUACCAGACGUUGACGGCGGAAAGGGGGAUGAAUCUGACUCUGCCGGAGUGGUCGAAGUCGGUCUAUCCGCACGGCAUCACGGAAAUCGCUGCCAAACAGUGCGAACUGGAAAAUUCGAAUAAAAUUUUGAAGAGGCUGAAUGGAGGGAGGUCCCUGAAGAUGGUCGUGAACAACAUGCUGGCCAAAGCGACGCACAAUCUCCGGCCCCGCGAAAGGAAGAUCUUUCUCUUUUCGGGCCACGAGAACAACGUCAUUAACGUGUUGGCAGCUAUGGACUUAUACAAGGCCCACUUUCCCAGCUACAGCUCUGCGGUUAUCAUCGAGCUGCAUUACCUCAGCGACGAGGAUGAAUACGCUGUUAAAGUUUUCUACGUGAAGAAUGUCAACGAGGAAGCGGAAGAGAAACAAUUGAAAGGAUGCGAGGUGCUAUGCCCGCUAACUAAAUUUCUGGAAAUUGUGGAACCCCACCUGCCAUUGAACUACACAGCAGAAUGCGAAUCCGACAUUUUCCUAAGUUAGAGUAAAAGGAAUUGACAGUAUUUUUUUUCUUUUAGAAAUAUGAUUUUUUUUUAUUACGAUUUAAAGCAUAUUUUUUAUACUUUCAUUCGAAUUUCGAAUAAGAAUUUGUAAUUUUUUAGAACAAAAUAAACUUGUUUUUAUUUUG